AUGGCUCCCACUCUUGAAUACGCUUUCACGCUCGAGGUCGACCUCUCCCCUCCACAAGACUUCGGCAUCACCCACUGUGGUCACCGACGAUUCAUUCCCAUCACUGGCGGGACUGCAGAAGGCCCGAAGCUCAAAGCGACUAUUCUUCCAGGCGGAGGUGACUGGAACGCUCUGCGAGAAGACGGCAUUGGCCAUGUCUUUGCAAAAUACUCCAUCCAGGCAGAAGGUGGGGAGUUGAUCAGCGUAACCAAUGAGGGAUGGAUCCGCAAGUUUGAGAAGAAGUCCAGCACAGACGGUGAUAACUCUGCUGAAUCCAAAGAAGAGUCUGAAUGGUAUGCAAGGACGAAUCCGCGAUUUGAGGUCGCGGAUGGUCCUCAUGGAUGGUUGAAUCGCACGUUGUUUGUUGGGGAUCUUCAUCGUCCGACUCGCCCAAACCAUGUUACGAUUGAUGUUUACUCUGUUGAAUGA